GCCCGUGGGCCGCGUCGAUCUGCGCAGUGGGGGGGCCACUCUAGUCUAUGUCUAGGCUCGUCGGGGUGUUGGCGUGCCUGUUGGUUCCUCUAGAAAGACGCCUGGGCCGCGUGAAAAAACCCGCCAGGGAAGGCAGCAGCACUCCUACGCAGACGCGACCAUAAAAACUGCAGCCCCUGCGUUGGCGCAAAAAAAAGGGCAAAUCCCGAUGGUAUGCUGCGAAUUUCUUUAGGGAUAAGAACAAUGCUGAAGAUCACCUAUUUCGUCUCUAUGCCUGGGUUUUGGCGUGCCCCAUCCGCCGGGCGGGUCGCCGCUGCCGCCGCCGGGCGGCCCCCCGAUUCCCGGUGGGACGCCGCCCUUUCUGAAUCGCACGGAAUCCCCGGGCGGGGCGAGCAGCUUGGAGGGGCUGGUGUCCGGAAGCGAUGGCGGGUUUCGGACCCGGAGUAACAACCGACUACCGUCUGCUACCGGCUUGUGGCGCCGCACGCCGACCAUCGGGUCGCUCCCCGAUCCGAGUGCGGCCGGGCUGCCCAGUCCCGACGGGCAGCAAGGCCGGCUGAGUCCCGAGAGCAUUGCGUCUGGUGACGCCGGGGGCCGAAAUUUGUCGAAGGAGUCUUCCGUUGCGUCGGUGCCCGGAUUGAUAGCGGGGAUGCAGCAGCUACAACGCGACCUUGCGGGCACUUUAUGCCUUUUAAAAUGACACUGACCCUGCUCAACAGCACGCUCAUCUCCCUCAAAAAUUCGUUGGAAAAAUGCUCAUCUACUGGUACAUGAAAUUGAAAUAGUGCAUGCUUUCCAAGGACUUUCACUUUGCUUUUGCAUUUCAUCAUGCAUGACCACAAACUGAAUCUGAAACAGACAGUGAGGGGGGGAUAGCGAUAAGGUCGUGAUGAAGAUUUUAUUCACAAUCAUACUCCACUUCGGCAGACCCCAAUCAAGACGAAGCGAUGAUGACUUCGGAGCAGCGGCUUUUACAGCACCAACUGCUGCAGCAGCAGCAACAGCAGUACAUGCAGCAGUACCAUCAAAGCGACCAACCGCCGCAACCGAUGCAGCAGAACUUGACGUCUACCGUAAUCGACGGCGCGCCAGCACCAGCACCUAAUGGCCCUUCUGCUUUGGUGCCUCAGGCUGCAGUCUCUUUGCAACAACAGCAAUCGUUGCUGAUGAUGAACCCGUUAAUGCUGCGUCCAUCCGCUGUGCAGCAACAAGAUGACGACGACGACAAGCUCUCCGUGCACAGCCACCGCAGCGGGAAAAGCGCCUACUCCGCCUACAAGACGAGGUCCAGGGACAGCUUGCCGGCCUUGGCUGAAGCCAGUCCGUACGGCGGAGGCGCAACCCGAAACCGCCGGCCCGGCAGCGCCAGCAAAUCAACUACGACACGUAUCGCAUGUAGAAAUAAACCUAUAUGACACUUCCCUCGGUUUGUGAUUCGCCGACUUAUGUAUGACAGAUAAAGGAAAAGGACUGCCCUUGUUCUGGAACUGUUUCUUAGUAGAGGGUAUGCGCGAGGGCAGGGCCUGCUGAGCUAUUGCAUGCAUUCACUACAUCUACAUCUACUACACAAACCGAGCGUCGAUGCGGUUUCCAUUCCCAUACUUAGCACAACGCCGCCUCCCGACCUGCUGCUCCAGCAGCAGCAGGCGCAGAUCAGCGCGCAGCACCAGCAGCACCUACAACGCGGCCUUGCGCAGCUUGAACAGGACCACAGUCCCUACGGAGGACCCCAACACCAGCAGGACGCUGUGAUGCAGGACUUGCAAAACCAGCAAACGGCCCUGUCCGACCAGCAGCUGCUUCACAUGCAAACCCAAGGCCUCACCGCGGAACAAAUCCAGCAGUACCAAGCCCAUCUCGACGCGUCGCAACAGCGACUACAGCCGAGCCAAUUCAAUUCCGCACCGCCAGUUUUGUUUCACACCGAACCGCCGCGACGACACUACAGACCGCAGCACGGGGCACGGGGAGACGACGCGAGUUCCUUCGCGUCCGACGACUUUGACGCGUUGCGGAAUUCCGACUCGGUCGGGGAAGCUGGUGAUCCAACAGGGUCCUCUUCACCAUCGCCAGAACAAGGAGGUUUUGGUUUUGGUCCAGGACAACAACCACAAGCAUUCACCGGUCACCUCGUCCCGCCGCUGCAAUUAUCCGCGGCCAGGGGGACAGUCAUUGACAACUACACGGACGACCAGCGUGGUCCCCACGUCGACACAGCCAGAUCCUCUGCCGCGAGCUCCGGGUUCGCACCUUCGUCUGCCGGCGGGGGAGGAUUGGUGUCUGUGUCUCGUCGGGGCUCGCUGGCAGGAGUGGAGGGCACAAUGAUAGGACACGGCGAGGACGGGGCUCUGGCUCCAACCGCCCCGGGAGGUGGUGGACUAGUACCGCAGCCGCGGGCAAAAUCCUGGAAGGAGCUGCAUGUGGAAGCGAGGCCGGCUCCGGCACACAUCGUGGUGUUUGAUUGGGACGACACAUUGCUACCUACCUGGUACAUCGGCAACGUCGUGCUGCCCUGCGUCACCGGAUUGAAAUUCUGCAGCAUGGUACAAAUUGUAUAGCUUACGGACGAAGUAGAUGAAGAUGAAUAUUACAUAAUUCAAAUACUCACUUUAAGAUGAAUAUUACAUAAUUCAGUAGCGGCAAAGCUAUCUGUAGUGCUUUCCUGGUAGAACAGCCGCGCCACGCCGCUGAGCGGGAGACGGCCUGUCCAGUGAGUGAGUGCCCCGUCAACUGCUCGCCGGGGCGCUGCGUGGAAGAGCAGCGUCGCCGCAUGUCGAGCCGGGGAACUAGUUUGCUUUCGAUUGCCUUUUUAUUUUUUAAGUUCCCCGUCAUCUCAAUUCCCCCUUAACUUGCCGCCUUACUCUUCACGGACAUGGGGGAUGACAUCAGCGCGUAGAACGGUUUGAACCAGACUCGGGCUACAAGGCCACAGGUAAACUAUCCCAGUGUCUUCCGGCCGGCCUUGACGCAAUCUGACUACUAAAAACCUCGCGGUAGCUGGGGGGCGUUCUAGUCUUCGGUCUAGUUCGUCGCCCUCUACCAGGCCUGUACUACCUGAAAGCAGAACUUCGGCUAGGGCAACAAGAUCACAUCAAGCAGCAUCCGCGAGCAGCAUCCGAACCGAGAGUAGUCAGCCGGGCCAUUUCUGAAGGCGCUGCGAGGUGGGCGGAGAGGCAUCACGCUAGCAGUUGGACGGGAGCAAGGCCAGCGUUCUUCUGUGUGAUGUUCGUCGUAUACUGUCCUGCCUAGUUCAACUAUGUAGGUUAUCUCUCUCUCUCUCAAAUACUUUAAGAUUAAGUUUGUGUGGUGGACGAUUUUCAGCCCUGUUCUUCGUCUGGCAAUAGUUUUUCAAGGUUAAGAUUUUGGAUUUGGUCUUGAUUUUUAGAACUAUGCAUGGCCGAGAAGUAGUUGUGGAUGUAGUAAUUGCAAAUAGAACCUUUUUCAACAUCGAAACGUACAGAAUUCUGACUACAAACUGGACCCCACGGACGAUUUCUACGACGGUCUGAACGACCACGCACAGUUGAUCCUCACGAUUAUUCGCACCGCAUUGAACCUCACGCCGCACGUCUUCAUUGUUACACUCGGGAAGACGGGAUGGGUAGAACUACAAAGACGAUUUUUUUACUGUUUUUGCAUUAGAUUUCAAAAGGAAAAACUAAAACUCAUAUUCCAUGCAUUUUUUUCUCCAGCAUUGCCUUGCUUGCGUGUAAAUAAGUGUCAGGAUAGAACAAAAGCACGACGAGCUGCAACAGAAAAAACGUAGGCACUCUCACUUAUCAGGUUUCCCGUUCUGCCGCACAGCGGUUGCCUGGUUUCACCGAGACCACACUGACCGAAAUGGGUGUCAACGUGUACUACGCGCGCGAGUACUUGAGCCGGCGCGAGGCGAUGCUGUGCCAACAGGAGGAGGGGUGCGACCCGUUCAUGGUGGCGAAACGGAAUGCGUUCAAGAAGGUGAUGAAGGUGGUGGUAAAGAGUCAGGAGAAGUUAUGGAAGAAGGCACAUAAGGUAUGAAAUCCACAUCAAACCCAUUAUUCGUAUAGGCUUAAGCGACGAAUCCGAAUCGUAAAGACCCCCGCACCAGAAGUCACCAUGGCCUUGUUAUUCUAAACCUACUACUAGGUCUAGGAUCCGCAGCACAUCGGCCCGGAAAUUGUAGAUGUGCUAGCAUUGUGCGUGUGCAGCACAGUGUGAAUUUUAAUAAAGCAAUUAUCACAUCAGGACGCCGUCGG